UUAGGGAUUCAAAUUUCAACUCUGCUCACUUCCGAUUUCUCCAAAACCUGACUCAGACAAUUACAGAGAAGAAGAAGCUAGUGAGAGAAAGUAGAGAUGGAUGUGAAAGAAGCAGGCUCUUCACUCGACUCUCUGAUCUCUUCAUUCAACACACGCAUAGCAGAACUUCAAGAACUCGUCAUCGCUCGAAACAUGUACGCUGCGAGCAGCGUCACCGAUUUGUCGGCCGUCGAUGACACACUGAAGGCCAUGGAGCUUCAGGUACAGCAGAUCAAAGACCGAUUGCGAGAAGAGACCGAAGCUAUCCCCAAAGCUAAAAAACUCAUUGAGGCUUCGUUGCGGCAGCAGAAGAAAUUGGAGAGUAUGUCGGUUUAUGUUCCCUUGCAUUUGCCUGAAAGAGUGGCGGUCAUAAAUCAGGAUCAUAGUAAACGUUUGCUGCCAGAAACCUUGCAACAAGAUUUUGGUUUUGGAUCUAUGAAGCUUGAAGAGGAGUCGGUGGUGGUACCCAAAGAGAAAAAGGGUCGUGCCUCCCCACCAUUAUGGCACAUUACUGCUGAUGAGCUGGCUUCCUUGUCAUCGUACAUGAGAGGAAGGCUCACGCUAGACAAGGUCAAUGCGGCUAUCAAUGACAUGGCAGCAUAUGCUGAGGCAAAUGCUCAGCUUAUUGCUGCCCCAAGAAAGAAGUUGGCAGAGGAUACCUUGGAAAGAGCCCUGCAACUAAGAGAUAUUGCAAUGACAGAAGCAGUAAAAGGCAAACACUUUUUUCUUGAAAUGGAUGUAAAAGGGCCCACCUUGAAGCUUGACAACACUGGAAAAGCAAUACUGACUGUCCUUCGGCACCUUGGUCGGAUAAGUGAGACUCGGAUUGAGCAUCACCGUGUUAUCAUCCUUUUAAAACCUCAAUGAAUGGCUCCGUUUCCACAAAUAAUUCACGAAACAAUGAGCAGAAAAGUAAAAGAUGCAACUCAUGAAGUAGGACAUGAUGGAAUAGUAGACUUUUGAAAGUUGUAAGAGAAUUGUCAUACGAUUUAGAUCUCUGUUUCAUCCACUCUGCACAGAUGAGAUUGUAUUUUUCAGUUUAUUUCACGGAUGGCCGUUGUUUCUUUGAUUUUAACCCUUAAUUCCUAGUCUUCUCUUUGCUGAAUAUACAUUGUAGAAUUGGCUUUA